AUGGCUCUCGACUCUCUUCACAAUCAGCCCGUCGUUAUCGACAAUGGAUCAGGAACUGUCAAAGCUGGGUUUGCUGGAGAAGACCUACCGAAAUGCUUCUUCCCUUCCUUUGUAGGACGACCAAAACAUACCAGAGUGCUUGCAGGAGCAUUGGAGGGUGAUGUAUUCAUAGGAUCUCGAGCACAGGAAUUGCGUGGUUUGCUCAAGAUCAAGUAUCCGCUGGAGCAUGGAAUAGUUACGGAUUGGGAUGAUAUGGAGAGAAUCUGGCAGUAUAUCUACAGUGAGGAGCUCAAAACACUAUCAGAAGAGCAUCCAGUGCUUUUGACAGAAGCGCCACUGAAUCCUAGAACGAAUAGAGAUACAGCUGCUCAAAUAUUUUUCGAAACUUUUAAUGUGCCUGCUUUAUUCACUUCUAUACAAGCUGUUUUAUCACUAUACGCUUCCGGUCGAACAACGGGCAUAGUUCUUGAUUCCGGUGACGGUGUUUCCCACGCUGUCCCUGUAUAUGAGGGAUUCGCAAUGCCCUCAGCUAUCCGCCGUAUCGAUGUAGCUGGUCGCGACGUGACCGAGCAUCUGCAGGUCCUGCUACGAAAAGCUGGUGCUGUGUUCCACACAUCUGCCGAGAAGGAAGUUGUACGGCUGAUGAAGGAAAAGGCUUGCUACAUUGCCUCUGACCCAAAGAAGGAGGAGAAGGAGUGGGCAGGCGGCGGGUCAGGCAGAGUCGAGGAGUAUAGAUUACCGGAUGGCCACGUUUUGCGGCUCGGUUCAGAGCGUUUCAGAGCUCCAGAGAUAUUGUUCGACCCAGAAAUCAUUGGUCUUGAGUAUCCAGGGAUCCACCAAAUUGUAGUAGACGCCAUCAAUAGAACGGAUAUGGACUUGAGGAAGGAUCUAUUCGGCAACAUUGUUUUGUCGGGGGGCUCCACCCUCACCAGAGGGUUUGGUGACCGACUUCUUUCGGAGGUGAAACGUCUGGCGGUCAAGGAUAUGAAAAUUAAAAUAUUUGCGCCGCCAGAACGCAAGUACAGCACAUGGAUUGGAGGUUCAAUUCUAGCGGGGUUGAGCACGUUUAGAAAGAUGUGGGUGAGCAUCGAUGACUGGCAUGAGAACCCGGAGAUUAUCCACACAAAAUUUAGCUCUUAG